AUACAUUAUGCGAUUUAUAUACAUACAUCUUAUCAUAAAUUUUACGAAACAACAGACUGUCCAUAUCUUGAAUGAGGAUCAUAUAUCAUUAAAGUAUUUAGCGGUAGACAUUUAUGAUACAUGAAUAAUUGAAAAAUUUGCAAUAUCUCUUUCUUAUCAUAUCGCACUUACCACAUAUUUUCUGAAAGGUUAGAUAACGUUCAUUCUUGGAACGAUAAAUUGGAGCUGUGCACAAGUUUUUCUUCUUAUUCGAGAUCCAUUUUGAAAUAACAGACAAUGCCAUGGAUUGCUGUUAUCUUAACAAAAAUGGAAGUCUUGAGACAGAAAGAGAACUUCCAAACAUAUCUAGCCCAGAAAUGUUUAACAGCGACGAUGAAGAUGAUACACACAGCAGUGAAAUUAUAGAACAUGAAACAACAGCUAGUCCUGCGAAGCCUUCUCAAGCUGAUUUAGUAACUAAAUCUGAUAGUAAUUUAUUAGCCAGAAUCAAUAAACUAUUAAGUGGGAUACCUCCACCACCUAAGCAUACAAUUUGUAGAACCGACUGUUCAGAACUUCUAGUACGUAUUUAUGAAAAUUCUCACCUAUUUUGGACACCAGAUGUAUUACCGAAGAAACAAUUGCUACCUGACGUAAACAAAGAUUUCCCAGAACAACAAAAAGAAAACAUUAGUACAAAUAGUUCUGUACAACUUAGCAAAAGCACAUCUAGGAAUUUAUCUAUUGCUUUUGAUGAAUGUGAUCCACAAUUUCAAAACAAUAUUAGUAAUAAUUUAGAGACGAAAGAUGUUACGAAUAACAUUUGUCGUGAUAAUUUUAGAAUAGAACAAGUAGUUCCUAAUAAUAAGACAAACACAAUGUGUACUGAGAAUGUACAGGUAGCUUCAACUGAAAAUAAUUCACAAGAAUCAUCUGUUACCUCCCUACAAGAAUCACUUUUUUAUCAUACCGUUGAUGAAAAAGAAGCUAGCAGUUUGACAUGGCCUGAUGCUUACCAUCACAAAUUUCAUGGAAUUCAUUACAAUAGAAACAAAGCUGUGGAGGAUUUUGAAAGUCUUUCAAUGAAGUUAUGCGAGAGAUACAUAGGAGCUGAAACUCAAUCCACUUGUACUGUGUGGUUUUCUAAACAAGCACCAGGAAGUGCCAAGAAACGAAAUCUUUUAGCUAAACGUGAUAAUGGUCAAAGUCCUGGGAAGAGACUAAGUCAUUUAACGCGAAGACGGAGGACAUUUUCUAGUGCAAAUUUACAGGGAUUAGCGCUCAAUAAUAAAAAACUACUAGUGUUAAAUAUUAAGAAACCUACUAUUAAGAAGGGUAAAAGUCCAAGAGGAAAGAGCCCGCGAGGUAAAAGUCCAAGAGGAACUCCGAAGAGUUCAACAAAGAAAAAAGUUGCUCGAAGACUUAUUUUAGACGAACCUAGUUCUUUGAAAGCAAGAAUAGAAACAUCAAAGCGGGCCUUAUUUCAAAGUCCCCCUUCGGAUAGAGCUGGGCCGAGCAAGUUAUUCUCAAGUGGAGCAAAUGCUCAAAGCAUUAAACGUGUAUUAUUCAGUAGUGGAUCAAAAGAAAAUAAUGUUGAAGUAAUUCAGAAGAUAGAAGAAUCAAGGAAGAGGAAAAACGAAGAAGAAUUGGAAGGUUCACGAUUUAAGCGACCGAAGAGUUUAUCAUUUGAUUGCUCUCACGAAAUUCAUAAUAACUCUACAGUUACAUGGGAUAGACAUUCGACUAGCAACCUAAUUGAGAAAACUAAGGUAUCUUCAAAUGAAGGAAGAACGGAACUUAGUGAUGCUCACAGAAAAAAAUUAUUAUGGGCAGUAGCAGAGGCUUUAAGAAGUGAAGGAAUUGGUAUGACUCAUCCGCAAUUCAAGCAAUAUGCUACGAACUUAGCAAAGACUAUCAAAAAAUAUAUGCCUGAUCUUGAAAAUAGAAAUAUUCCUCGCAAGCCGGGUAGUACAAGUGAUCGCAUGUUAAAACUAGCAAAACAUCAUGUUUUAUUUAUAAUUGAGGCGGGACCAACCGACUGACAAUACUCAUUACUACUAGACAUGAAGAAAUUGACUCAACUUUUUACACGAAGUCUACAUGAUUUGAAGUAUAAGUGAUCGUUGGUAUGUUAAGAUAGCAUAUGCCCACGUCCAUUGGAUUUUAUUUAAUAAAAUAUAUAGUGAGAUAUACUUGAAAUGUAUUAUAACUAGAGCAUGUGAUAACACUUUAACAUGCAACGUGUGUGACUGUAAAAAUAGAGUGAUGUUUAAGGAGUAUUAAGACAUUUUUUACUGCAUAAAUAUGAAUGAGAAAGGUUAUUUUAUAUGUGCCUAAUUUUUUA